CUAAGCUAACAGCGCAACACAGCCACCGCGGAGCCAAGAUGUCACACCCGACAGUAUACACCGUCUUUCUGCUGCUCGCCUCAGUCAUUUACACUGAGUCGUCGUCCAAGCAGCUGAACACGGAGAACAUUUUGAUUAAUGUGACAGCAGGCACCUUGACGGAUACACAGUUGCAGGAAUCUAACAACUUACAGAUCAAUCUGAACAUAUCAGUGGAUGAAGAGCAGGUGCUGGUCAAUGACAUCCCGGUGGAGCUGUCAGGGGUGACGAGGUUAAACUGCCAGGCAUUGCUGUUGGACAGCACCAAUGGAAGCAGUGAGUUUGAGUCCGGGGACUUGGUCUCCACUGUCACCCGGGUGAUGGUGAACCAGAACCGGCUGUACAGCGACUCGGAGGAGGUUGUGGCUCUGCAGGUGUUCAGCGAAGUCAUAGAAAUGGAGGGCAAAGAGGUCCAACAGCCAGAUAUGUGUGAGGUGAAAAUCCUGAUGAGCCCCAGUUUCCAGAAGCUUGCUCAGUACACCAACAUCUACCCCAUAGGACACAGUGAGAUAUUCAGGAUUCCCAGGGAGGAGGAUGUGGUCAUCACAGACCCACCAAAUCCAAAAAAAGCUGAGGACCAGGUGAUGUCCCAGACUACCAGCCAGUACCCGCUGAAACACGCCGAGACCACCCAGGAGGAGAUUGCAGCCCCGGGGAAGCUCCCAGAGACUCCCCUACGCAUGGACCCUGACCUGCUGUAUGAUGUCAGGGAUGAAGACGACGAGGAUAAAGAGCCCGGCCAGUCAGAUCAGAUUCAAACUGAGAUUCCUUUCAAAGAAUCGAUGUCUUCGUACUCGGCCAUGUGCCGCUGGAUGGAGGAGGUGAGGGAACGGCUGAGGCGCUUCUGCUCCGAGUCCCUGCCUCUCUUCUUCCUGGUCAUGUGGGUGGUGGUGAUCGGCGUCGUUGGCUCAGCGGUCAUCGUCAAGAUCUUGGACAUGUUCUUCCCGGCAUGUGAACAAGUGAACAAGCACAUUUUCCAUGUAAACCCCAUCACCCUCCUGCCGGAGGACGAGAAGCACACUCUGCUGGACAGCAUGGAAGUAGAGGCAGAAGAGGAGGAGAAGAGGCCUUGAACGAGGACUGAUUGGGUGGCUGGAUCCAGCUCUCUUACUUUCAGAUUGUCCAUACUCAUUCAUUAGCCAUGAUUACAGUUUUGGAGCUGGCACGGCUCUCCUCUGGCCUCUAUCCAGACGUGUGAACUGUUUAUUUUUGUCUUCACUCACAUUUGCUCUUGAACUACAUUUCCUUUUGAAUUUUGCAGUUCAGGGGAAACAAGGUGGUGCGAGUUUACAGGCGUCAAGCUGUCUGACUGCACUUGGCAAGUUGUUGGUUCGAUAUUAUUUGCCUGCAUGUAAAUGUUCCUGUGAAUGACUAAAGCAACAGUCAUGGGAUCAGUCAGGGACAAUCCAGGCUGAAGGUUAGGAUAUUAAUGUAUUCUGGAAAGACGGCCCAAUGGUAACAGUUACGGUCCUUAUGGAUCCGUCAAAGUUAAAUGGUCAUGUGAUUAACCAGCAAACACAGGUGACAAAGAAAUCUGUCGAUGGAUUGAAUGUGUUUCCCUGCACCCAGAGUACAAACACAGCAUCUGCAGAUGACACCUUACUCUUUGCAGCUGUGCUUGGGCAACAAAAGUAAUUAGUGACAUCACUAGGCGCUACUAAGUUACAUCAGUUUUUAUUCAACCUGCUGCAAGAAUUUCUGUGUUACCCACUUCAGUGACAUGCCACAGCAACAGCGGCCUGUGCUGCCACAUGUGAUGUCGAUCACAGCUUUAAAUGCAGUGUAAGUAAACAAGAAGCCAAUCUCAUGUAUAGCAAGCAUCCUUAGAUUGCAAUUUCUCGAUUAGCGGCAUGUUGUAUUUGUGUUAUGCCACAGUAGUUUUGCUCGUUUCUCUUUUUUAGAUUCGUGCCAGCAAAAAAAAUGAAAGAAGAAAGUUACGACAUUCUGAUUUAUUCGCUACUUAACACAGAACGACCAAGAAAAGGUUUUGGCUGAGGAAGGCAGUCACCAAGAGGAAAUGAAGUGAAUAUGAACAAAAAAUGAAAAUGAGCAAGUAAGGGGCUGGAUCCAGGCACUUAGAGUCAAUAUGUUCACUGAAAUCAAUCUUUCUAUAUGUAGCAGUUAUGCACCAGUCACAUGAUGGAUAAUGUUAUUUCAGAUUGCUUUCCUUUAUAACUUAUUUGAAUCCAUUUGAAAUUUUGAAUCUUUUAAGUGUCACUACUGACAAAAAAAAACCUUUCGAGGUCCACUGCUAAGGUUCGCAUUUUGAUUGUCUUACCUCACAGUGCCUCAGUUGACUACUCUAUUGGAAAGUGUGACUUUAUCACUAAAUAGUGAUUAUGAAAUAUUUUACAUGGGCCUGUUCUGUUGUCAUUUUCUAUCAACAUGAUUGGAGAAUGUAAAUGAGGAUGUCCAUGUUGUCUUUAUGCACUAUAGACAGAUAAGAAACAAUUGAUAUGACUUUCACAUGCUGUAUAGAAGAAACCCUGCACUAAAAUAGUAGAUGUUUUAAACAUGUCCAGAAGACAUGACCGUAAGUUGAAUGUGUAAAUUAUUGUAAAUGGAAUGUGAAUCUGCUCUUCACGUUGCAUUUCUGUGUGAAUACUGGACUCCAGACCUGCACGGACUUUUGUAUAUCCCCUCAUGAGUUGAGAGCCGGACAACCAUCCUGAACUCGCUCCGACGUCAGGUGGUGCUUCAACUUGUAGAGCCUCAUUAUGUUGUUUUUUUUUCUGUAAAUGACAGUUUGGCCUUUCUGUUUGGCUGUAUGCAUACACAUUUGUAGAUACUGGAAUGCAUAAGAUGAACAUGGCACACAAGGCCAUGAUGUGAUGUCAUUUAUCUCAUAAUAUGCUUCGCGGUGUUGCACCUUGUCAAUUUAGCGCCUGCUGCUCUUUGGAAAUGCCUGUUUUAACUUAAAUCAGUUGUGUGGUUAUCAUUUUUUGUGUGCGGAAUGUUUAUUUUUUUUUUCGGGUAUGCACAGGUCAUUUAUCCUAAACACUAAAUCUGUCAUUUUGUGUUAAAACAUUCAGCUGACAUUUUUAACCAAAGGGACUAAGAAUGAAUGCAGCAAUAGAGAUAAAUUCCCAGGUUUCCAAUAUUACAAGCUGUCAGUAGUAAGGAGUGUGCAGGGAAAAUAUGCCCUAACAGCAGAUGAGACAAGCACUGCUGUGUUCAGCAUGUACAUAUAUAUAUAUAUAUAUAUAUAUAUAUAUAACAUGGGAAAAGUCUGUGGGUUUUAUUAUUUUUUUCAAAUUUUCUUCCACAAUUAGGUGCAAGAAAAUGGUGAGGGUAGUAAACAUGCACUGGCUCAUUUGCCUCAACAGUAGAGGUUUGACUCCAGACAGCUUUGCGAUUCUCAAGGUGAGGCUCCAGUGUUGGCAGAAGCAUGAUAUUGUCUAUAAGGGGUUCAGUUGUGCUGCGUAAUGCAUGACUCAAUGCAUUAGCAAACGGUGCAUGUUUAGUCUACGCUGAUGAAUGCACUUUGCUGUUGCCUCAGUGAAUUACAGACCCGGAAACUGCAUGAUGACAAACAGCUCAAGUUGCAUCGGCAUCCAUCUCAAAUCAUGAAUAUGACAAACUGAGUGCAGCACUUUUUGAAAUAGUUGCAGUUCUUUUGUAAACAAAAGCAAAUAAACAGUGAAGAUGUCAGGCAUGAAUCAAAAGUGUCACAGAAGAACAAAAUAGCAAAAAAAAAAAUAAUAAAAAUAAUAUAAAGGAAUGUUUCAUUCUUGUUUUGUUUUGAGUGUGUCAGACAAGAUCCAUGCCAGGUUUAUUUUUUGUUGUAUGCUAUUCUGCUUCAAGACUUUUGUGUUACAUCUGGACUGUCUGUGGUUCCAAAACCUUGCUGAUUAAAUGCUUUCCUUAUGACUG